GGCUCGCUCCGCGCAGUAGACAGCUAGCCUCGCUACUUGCCUGCUGAAGCAGAGCGGCCAAAAAAAAAACACAACCUGGAAUUUAAAGAGCAAAGAUAGCAAUCUGGCAAUGCGGAAAUAGAUGGACGUUUCAUGUCACCGAGCUUGCAUCCCACUCUUGGACUGAAGACCUAAGCGUUCACACCAGAGAACGGGAUUGCAAUUUAGUGGCAUAUUAUCUAAGUACAGUUUUUUUUCUUAUCUUUAUACUGUUCACAUCUGUUUAUUUUGGUACAUAUGUAUAUUGUUCCUUACCGGAGCUCAGCGGGAACGGAUUUGAAGGGAUUUUCUUGUUCCACUCAUUAAAACAAAAGUGGGCUAUAGUUUUUUUUUCUUUUUGUUGUUGUUGAUGUUGUUUUUGUUUUUUAUUUUUUUCGGUGGAUCAAAGUAAAUUGUUCCGUGCCGCGCAUCACCAUGGACGUGCUGGCGAAUUACAGUAUUUUUCAGGAACUCCAGCUCGUGCACGACACCGGCUACUUCUCUGCGAUGCCUUCCCUGGAAGAGAACUGGCAGCAGACCUGCCUGGAGCUGGAGCGCUACCUGCAGACGGAGCCCAAGCGGCUGUCUGAGCUCUUCGACGAGGAGCUGGACUGCCUGCUGACCCCCGCCUUCCUGAAGGGCGACGGCGAGGACGACGACGACGACCUGGCGGACCCCCUCCUGCCCGGCCUCAGCCCCCCGCUGCCGCUGCUCGCCAAGCCCGCCCCCCCCGCGCCCGCCAGGACCCCCGCCGACCCCGGCGCCAAGGAGGGCGCGGUCGGGGGCGGAGCCAGCGCCGCCCAGCUGAGCGCCGCCGUCACCUCCCUGACCCCGCCCUCGUCCCCGGAGCUGGGCCGCCACCUGGCCAAGCCCGCCGCGCACACGCUCACCGCCGCCGCCGACGGCACGCUCACGCUCAAGCUGGUGGCCCGCAAGACGGGCGGGCCGGCCGCCGCCAACGCGCUGCUCUCCCUGGCCAGCAGGGGGCAGCAGGGCGAGGAGUGCAGCGGCGGGUCGCUGCUCGGCGGGGAGAUCCCCGAGAACAAGAAGAGGGUCCACCGCUGCCAGUUCAACGGCUGCAGGAAGGUCUACACCAAGAGCUCACACCUGAAAGCACACCAGAGAACCCACACAGGAGAGAAGCCCUACAAGUGCUCAUGGGAAGGCUGCGAGUGGCGUUUCGCCCGGAGCGACGAGCUGACCAGGCACUACCGCAAACACACCGGUGCCAAGCCCUUCAAAUGCAACCACUGCGACAGGUGCUUCUCCCGGUCCGAUCACCUGGCCCUGCACAUGAAGAGGCACAUCUGAGUCCUCCCCAGCGUGUGCGUCUGCGUGUGUGAGAGAGAAAGAGGGGAGAGAGUGAAAUGAAAGAGAGAGUGAGAGUGCGAGCGAGAGAGAGAGAGAGAUAGACAGAGAGAGAGAGAGAGCGAGAGAGAGAGAAAGAAGGAGGGAACGUGGUGAACGAGAGGAGGAAGAAGAGGGGGGCGAAAAUGAACAACAAUGUCAGCAUUUUGCACGUGUCAUUCAGAAGAGGCCCCCUCUGGAGGCCCCACCCAGGAGCACACUGCCUUUUCCCGGGGCCAAAAUGGCGGCUCGCGGCGGGCGCAGGGCAAGGAGGCCGAGGAAGACGGUGCGAAAAGGAGGCGGAGCCGAAAAAAGGAGGCGGAGCUUUGUGGUUUUUCGUUUUUUUUUAUUUUUAAACGAGACGCGCACUUUCCCCCCCACACGGUCCACCAUCCUGGUCUUCAUCAGCGGGUUUGAUUAGCCAUGCCUUGCCUACUACGCCAGGAGUCAGACACUGCCAAACCGUUUGCCGAUUUCUUCAAAACACUACUCACAGUUUUCCGUUUUUUUAAACCGACCGACCGAUCGACCGACCACCCCCGUGAAACCCGGAGGGAGCUUGGGGAGGAGACGCGCACGCCGAAACAUUUUGCAAACGACUUUUUUUUUGCGGUCGCACGCGAGCCGUCGUUGACAGAAGCGGUGGAAUGAAACUGUCGCUUUCCCUGAAAAACGAUUCCCCCGCUGCGUUUAGGCGUGAAACUGAAUCUGUCAGUUUUCAGGGGGGGGGGUUUUUUCGUCGUCUCCCUGGGUCGUUUCACAAUCCGCAAACAAACUGCAGUUCAGAAAACCGCAAAAAGAAGAAAUACACGGGCAAACACACACGCAUGUGCGUGCAGGAAAGAGCGAUGGAGAUGGCGGUCGGGGGAUAAGAACAUGGCCGCCCUGCUCUUCAGACGCUGGGCAGAAACUUGGUAGUGACGAGCAGGCCCCUGGAGCAAGAAGUGGGGAUUUCUCCUGCUGUCCUCUAGGGCGGCGCUCUACCCUCUCGCCCUCACGCCUGCCCGCCCUCGCAGGCGACCUAACAACUACGCAGCGACACUUUCCUGCUUUUUAAAGACAAAAAACAAAAAACAUUUUUUUCAGUUUCUCUGAGCUGAGAUGUCUUAAGACACACCAGGACUUGCUUCUUUACUUUUUUGUGAGUGAGGACGCACAUGUACGGUAGGGGGGGGUGGGGGGGCUCCCUGCAGGGGGGUGGGGGGCCCUACCUGCCCUGUGCACAAGGGAACUCAGUAGCUGCUGUCCAGCACUGACAGCGAAAGAGAUCUUGGGAAAAAUAAAAAAUAAAACUGAAAUCUGAAAAAAAAAAGGCUUUAUAAUCACAGACCUGAAAUGGAAGGGACAGCUUCUGCUGUUUUUAUUUGUGGAUUUUCAUCUUUCUUUUCUUUUCUUUUCUUUUUUUUUCUUUUUUGCGGGCAAAAUCCAGUACAAAGCAAAACUGUGGAGCGUAAUUUCUCCAGGUCUGAUCCUCAACUUUCAGACCUGAAGUGCUCAACCCGGGAGAAGUUCCACCACGAGUAUGACCCUUCUUCUUCUGGUCGGAAAGGCCAGUUCGUAAUGGGACGGGAUGGGGGUGUUACCUGGUGGUUGUCCCAGGACCCCCACCCCCCUCCUCCCCCCCUGAAAUGGUUGGUGGACGGGACAUCCUUUCAGACUAAGAUGCCCGCCCCCAUUUGGACUCAAAACAAAGGACCAAGUCAGCACAGAGAGACGGUUUCAUGCAUACCUGUUGUCUGCACUGACUUUUUCAAUGUUGUUUCUGCUUUUUUUUUUUCAAACAGGAAAAUAGAAAACACGGGGGAAAAAAACAAAUAAAAAAAAUGAUUAAUAAUUAAUUACUCACACACAGACACACACACAAGCACAUGUACACACACACACACAUCCAUUUCUUUGCUCAUGACUCUUGUCUAAAUCAAAAUCGACUGAACAAUUAAUUAAUUACUGCAGAAAUCAAAACAAUUUUUUAAAAAAACGAAACAAACAAACACACUGCAUGGCAAAGUCACGCACACAAAUUGCUUUCCGGGAAUUAUUUGUUCUGCAAGAAAGAAAGAGAAAAAAAAGAGAAAAAAAAGGAGUUUAAGAAAAAAAAAAGAAAAAAAGUUCACAGUAGGAUCUUAGCAACUGCUGUUUUUGUAGAAAACGGUUCAGUCCACCGGGAAUGAGGCUUUGUAGCGAGAAACCAACGCAGCACCUACUAAUCCUGGCGUUUCACCGACUGCUGCAAAAUGGCUCCCAGACCUCCACAUUAACAAUCAGCCUGUGGGUCCCGGGGACCUCGACGCCUGGUCUACCCCAGGCGUGGGCUGUGCUGCAGGGCCCGCGAUCAGGGUGUUCUCCCUCCCUCCCUCCCUCCCUCCCUUCGCAGUUUUAACGGCUGCUCAGCCACCGUAGAGAAGAUAGAUAGACAGAUAGAUCGACAAUGUCGUUAUUCGCUGGAAGUGAAGCGAAGCGAAGCUUCACCUCGGCCCGCGCCAGACACUACCAGACGAUCCCAGAGCAACCCUCAGGGGAACCAGUGCCACUCAGCAACAUCAAUACCAAAAAAAAAAAAAAACUAAAACAAACAAAAAAAAAAACCUGCAGCUUGUAACCGCCCGACAGGGCAAAGGGCAAAGGUCAAAGGUCAGGGCCAUUGAACCAGAGGUGAGGCUUGAAGCAGACGCACUUGUGCUCGUACGCGUCAGCAGCUAGAGGUCUGCCGACCUUGCGGCACUAGUUCUGAGUGUAGAUAGGUUCCUGGAUCAGUCUCGUUCCCCCUCCCCCCCCCCCCCCCACGUAACGGCUGGGGGGGUGGGGGGGUUCAGGUUCAGUCAGCUGGUCCCUGACCACCGGUCACGGGGUGGAAAGCAGCCUUUCGCCUUUCUCUUCUCCGAACAAGACUGAGCCUUCCUCUUUUACAAACAACAAUAACUUCGACGAGCAAUUUCGCUGAGUCUGUAUUUUUUAUUUUAUUUCUAUUUAUUACAUUUUUUUUUUUUUUUUUGGUUUUAAUGAAAUUAUAUUUUUCUCCAAUGUGAAAAAAAAAGUCAUGCCAAACUUUGUUAAGAUUUUGGUGUGGGGGGUGGCGGGGAGGGGAUUUUAUUCGACCAUGUUUACGUACAAUCAAGUUCGGUUUUGUGGCACUUUUAGGGGCGAGGGCAGAGUUGUUUGCGAGCGUUUGUUUGCGUGUUUUUGGGCGCUUGGCUCUGUGAACCAGUGCGUGGAAAAGCGGGCGUGGCGUGUGUCGCGGCGGUGUCGCCGAAUCGCCACGACGACGCGGCGGCAUUCCCUGGAAAGACGGGGCCGUCGGUCGGACGUGUCCGUGUCCGUAGCUCAGGGUCACGCGUGUGGCAGGAGGUUUCUACUGAGCGUGCUCGAGAGAGAGACUGAGGCAGUCGGGCCGGCAGCCACUUCGCGUGGUGAGAACAAUCAGGCCAGCUUUAUUAAUCAGUGCUGUUUGCUUCCGUUCGGUUUUCAGUUUGGUUUUUGUUUUUUUUUCAUUUCAAAUCCACUCGGUUUUCAUUCAUCGGAAAAACCGAUAAACUCAUUACUGGCUGGAUUUGAGAACAGGCCGGCAUCAGAAAUCCAUUCUCACGUGUUUCCCAUCCACAUAUCAAUCAACUCGGUCUGUGUCUUUAAAACAGGAAUCCUCAUCUUGUGGACUGAGUCUAGACGUCUGUGCGCUCCCAAAUCCUUUUCGUUCGUUGGUCAGUUUUUUUGGCUGACGUUGACCAAUGGGGGCACAGCUGGUGGCAGGGGCAUCUUGGUAAUGCACAGUUGUGGGCAGUGUCCCAGAGGAGUGGAGCUAUGUAGAUCAUAACUAAAUGCUGGUCUGUGCACUCACAGUUAUUUUUAAGAACAGCAGUUGGUGAGGUCUUGUCUCCAUGGCCUAAGACAGCCCCAUUUCACUCCAGAGCUCAAAAGUUUUUCAGCUUUUCAUGCUGCAGAAGCUCAGAAGCAGCUUUCUGUUCCCCUUCAACCCUUGGCAACAUUGCUUGUCCUUGCGAAUACAGCGACAGGAUUACGGUUACCCAGAGAUUUAAUCCUAAAUAAAUCGGGAAGACGUACCACUUUCCCUCUCCCAACGAGGCACAUUCCAUGAGAUGCACAUGGUCACAAAUUAUUAAAAUUCUGAGGUUCCUUCUCAAAGAAAAGUUUGGUUGCUAACACUGUACCACAGUGGAUCUGGAACACGCUAUGUGAAAUUGUGUGACCGUCCACUAAAGAAUAAAUUAGCACAUUUUUAAUAGCCAAGAAAAUCUAUAUUUAUGUUUAAAAAAAAGACCAUCACAAUUGAUGAAGAUAGAAAAAUGAACAUAUUUGCUGCUUAGGACUGACCAAAAAUGUACUUAUUGGGCUCUUUAAAUAUUUGAAUGUGAAAUUAAAAAUAAGACGAGUUGAAAUCAACUUGAACAAGUUAAAAAAUAUGUGAAUUUAUCCACAUAAAUUUUGAGGAAUGUAUUUUAGCUUUUGUUGAAAGCGUACUGCGUCUACUGGAAAAUAUAUCGAUAGCUGACACUUUCAUAUGCAUAUUAUCUGACAAAAUGUGAAAUUACGUGUAAAAUUUAUUUAGCAGUGUAUGCAUAAAUUGCCUAAAUUAAACAAUGGAUGUAUCUUCCAAAACACGCCGUAUAUUUUCAACAGUCUAAAUAUAUAUUCCUUUUACUGUCACUGUUUACCCUAAAUUCACGUAUUGUACCUUUUUACGAUGGGGAUAUUGUGUAGUCAAGGCAUAGUGUCCUUGCACCCUCCAAAUAGCCUUGUCUCUGAAUCUUCUGAAAUGGGUUCUGUGUGCACAGCAGUCAUCUGCAGGAAGAUAAAAAUGCAAAUGUAAAAAAAAAAAUCUUCAGGAGUGACCUGCGAAUAAGAGAAACAGAAAUGCACGUUUUCAUCGCCAACAAAAUUCCCCUCCCCCCCCCCCCCAGCCUUCGAGAUGUCUCUUCUGUACACUUGUGUCGAGCUGACGAAGCCAGAGUGGUCUUGUGGUCAGGUCAAUUUAGGGGAAAAUAAAAAUUAAAAAAACGAACCAAACCAAUUAGUACAGAGGGGUAGUCCUGCUGAAUUAAAGGUAGUUGAAGUCUGGUAUACAAAAGUUGAGUACGAGGUGGAUUUAGUUCUUGAAAGGUGUUCUGUUACCUGCACUAUAGGUUAAGAAUUUCACAACGACAACAACAAAAAAUUCAAAAAAAAAAAAAAAAAUUUUAAAUGAGAACAACACAAAACUAUACAGACAUUACCGGUUCACUGCGUCAAAUCCCUUCCUUUGCGGAAAAGAAAAAAUACUACAUGUAACGUAACAGAUUGCUCACGUUAGGGUUUUUUGGCUUGUGGCUCUUUGACAGCUUUGCACAUGGCUCUUAUACUCAAGGAGCACUUACGGGGGGAAAAACAGCAAAAAACCAUUUAGAUUACAUUUAGGGGGAUUUCAUACAGCUGGCCGCAGGUCCUCUGUGACCCGUUCAAAGCUUUGAUGGGUUUAAAAGUGUUGCUCCUGGUGGUCACACGCAUACCAUUUCACUCCAUGGUCUCAACACUCUGUGUGACACUUCUUACUAGUCUAGUCUGGCAGAGCACCUCCUCUGUCAAAUAUCCACUUAACAUGUUCUGGUUCUUCAAGAUGCACUUGUUCCCCCCCCUCACAAUCUAGAACAGACCUGAUAGGACAUUCAUCGUUCUUAGUUGAUUCUGUCUGUCAAGAUUUUUUGGAUGUUCAACGUGAUAAGGAACGGGAGGAAUUUUAGUUACAUCUCAAGGAUUGGGUUUUUUUUUUAAAACACAAAAAAAAGGGAAAUGGGUUAGCUUCUUGAGAUUGACUAACUGGCUGUCAGGUCAAUGACUAGGUUUUGGGGAGGGGGGGGCAGCUGCAUCUUGUCGUGUGUUUGUAUCUGCUGUGUUUGUCCAUGCUCGGUGUUUCAGUAUGUAAAGUCAGGGGUUAACCGAACCUCUUCCCCCCAACUUUCGCCAUCCCCUGACUCCAUCCCUGAUGUUGGCCCAAAAAUGCACAUCAAGCAGUGCAUGCUGGGAGCUUACACCACCUGCCACUGGACUCAGAGGAACACGGACUUUGGGAGUCAGGGGGGGGUGCCCCCAACUUUCAAGCCCCGCCCCUUUCUUCUUCUCUUUCUUUGAUUUCAGCCACUGGUUUUUGCUCUCGUCGUUUGUGUGGGAGUCGUGGUGUUGCUAACGGUUUCACUUGAACAGAGAUAGCGGCGAGACCUGAUCGCCCAAUCACGCGGCUUAGAUCACUUUGCAUUCCAAGAAGUGCUUUUUUUUAUUUGUUGUCCUUCCUUUGCCUGUCAGAGGCCCGGCCACAGGAUUUCGGUUUAGUGAAAAGCAAAGUGCCACCGAAGAGUCUGUUUUCAUUGUUGAAGACGCCAUUACACAUUAGGCAGAACCCUCUCCUUCCCAACCACCACACCUCAACCGCCCCAACCCAACCCCCAACCCCAACCCCAACCCAGCUUCAACCACCACACCUCAACCGCCCCAACCCAACCCCCAACCCCAACCCCAACCCCAACCCAGCUUCAACCACCGCUCGACCUGAAUCUCAACCCAACUCAACAACGCUUCAACCACCACCCAACCCAACCCAGCUUCAUCCCUUCUCGACCCAACCCCCUACCCCAACCCAACUCAACAACACUUCAACCACCACUAAACCUAACCCCCAACCCCAACCCAACCUAGCUUCAACCACUGUUCAACCCUCAACCUCAACCUCAACCCAACCCAACUCAACGACGCUUCAACCACCACCGAACCAAACUCACAACCCCAACCCAGCCCAGCUUCAACCACUCUUCAACCCAACCCCAACCCCAACCCAACUUCAGCCAACACUCGACCCCUCACCCCCCCACCACCGCUUUUUUCUGUCAUUCAUACUCUCACUUCCUUCUAGAUUUUCCUUCUGUUUUAUUUUUUUUGUUUUUAUUUUUUAUUUUUUUGCUGUACAAAGUGUUUAAAGAUAUUAUUUGUAUUAUAUGAUGUUAGUAUGGUAAUGUUCUUUAUUAAGGAAGAAGAAGAAUUUAUUUUUGUUACUGGUCUGUUUCAUAAUUCUUUUUUAAAUUGGUAUUGUAAGAUAUCUAUGCAAGGACUGUUCAGUGGAGCAUUUUUAUUUAAGAAUGUAAUCUGUGUAAUAAAUGGUAGAAUCUC